CGUGCGUGCACUCAAUACACUGAGGAAUUUGAUCAAGCUUAUUCAGUGACUACAAAUAUUAAUAGAGUUGUCAGUUGUCAUCCCCUGAAUGUUUCUUAUCGUUCUCGCCAGUUUUUGCUUGCAGUUUACUUAUGCAGGUGCGGAAAUUAAACCCGGCGAACCUCCUUUGGUGAUAGUCUCCUUAGAUGGAAUGGAUUGGCGUGUUCUCAAAAAUCACCGAGUUACUCCAAACCUUGACUUCAUCGCACGAACCGGGGUAACUGCCGACUACAUCAAGAAUGUUGUACCCUCGGUCACGUGGCCCAAUCACCACAGUAUUCUAACAGGUGUUUAUUCCGAAAGCCACGGCAUCGUUUCGAACAGGUUCUGGGAUCCCGUCUACGAAGAAAUGUUCAUCUUCGGCUUCGACUGCUCAAACUUUGAUCCCAAGUUCUACAACAACUCGGAACCAAUAUGGCUGACACUCCAGAAGCAAGGGGGACGAAGCGCGUCAUAUUUUUGGCCUGCAACAACGAGCUACGCCGAAAAGCCUACUUACCACGCCAGGGAAACAUGCUGGUUUAAUUGUAGUGCUGUCAAUUCCAAGGAUCUCCCAAAAUAUAGAAAUCGGACUCUGCUCGGGUUUCCACCUUACGUACAUUGUGCUUUUGACCUCAGAGGUCCCUGGGCUGACCGUGUCAAUAACGUAACGCAUUGGCUUCUCUCUGAUGCACCGCCUCAUUUUGUCGCUUUGUACUUUGAAGAACCCGAUACCACGGGGCACGAACACGGGCCUUCCUCCCAACAGUACCUGGAUGCAGUGGAAAACGCGGAUAAAAAUGCCGUGGGGUUUUUACUGAAGCGACUGAAUGAAUCUCAUCUUCUGGAAAAGGUAGGAGUCUUUCAGAGAAUCCCAUCUAAUAUCCUAGUGGCGUAUAUGGCUUAUAGAUUAAUUCUACAAGAAACAUGAUUAGAAGCAUACAAGCUAACAAGAACGCGCUUACCGCGGCAUACAGAUCUCGCCUGCUUGGAGAUUAGAUCGAGAAAUGAGGAGGCGAUUUUCUCGCUUUACUUUCUACUUUAUCGACGUCGAUACUUUUUACUUGUCUCUGAAUUGGUUUAGUACGCGUGUUAGCGACGACCAAAAAGACCUCUGCGGUAGGUAUCGAAACAGUGAUUUACACCCAGGGGGGGGUACUCGGGAUUUCAAGUGACGGGGAUGAUCGAAUGGAGCCAAAAGUCAAGACCCAAAAAAAUUCCUAGGGCUUCCAGCAAAACCCAAAAAAAUCCCUGGACCAAAAAUUAACCCCCAAAAAAUCCCGUGCCGAUUUUGUGGCCCUUAAAAGUUCCAGAAAGGGGUAAUGCUAUAACACAAAGAAAAACAUUGGAAAUUGAACACUCGGGUUUGUUUAUUCAUCAUACCAUCUGAAUAUAUCCUUUCCCUCAUCUAGCAGUCAUUUUAACAAGUAGAGCGAGUGCUAGAGACACCCAAGAACGGUUUUGUUUCAACAGUAACGUUAUGAAUAACUCUAAACAAACACCAACCCGGGUAAGAACAUAACGAAUAACUUUACUAAGUUAAUUACAAAUAUUAAAAAUAAUAAUCAUGCUUCGAUAAACUAUGAUGCAUCCAUAGAGACUUUGGCCACAGCCAGGAGCACAGCAUAUAUUCCAAUAUCAUUUUUGGUUAAUUACCGAGGGUAUAUUAAUGAAAACUAUUAUUGUACUACCGAUUCCCGGAAUCGAAAAUUUCAAACCCAAAAAAAUCCUUCGAUCAUCCCCGUCACUUGAAAUCCCGAGUACCCCCCCUGGGGAUUUACACGGCACGUCAUUUCAAUCAUCGCCGAAAAUAAAUCGCAUGCUCAUCACAACACUCAUUUGCAUACGGUGAACGCUGUGGCUUAAUAUGGCCGGUAACCGGUCAAGGUUUUCAAAACACUAAAUGGCCGGCAGUCCUACAUUCUCAGUAAAUUUCACAAAAUCGAAAGAUUUUAGCUAAUCUAAACUAUCAUAUGUCGAUUUAGAAAAGUCAAGCGAUCCUGAAAUGCUUUAUAGAUCUCAAGUCUAGUGUUUGGUUUACGCUGGGCUCAGGGCCCGGUUCCUGAAAGGCCAAUUAGCGCUAAUCCAGGGUUAAGAUUUUGUUCCACUUUUUGUAUUCACCUCCCUAUGCAUUUCUUAGAGAAACAUUUUGUGUAAAUCAUUACUGUGUCUCAGAGUAAAAGCUCAACAGUAUUUUGUAAGCUUGAGUUACAUUCUCUUAGUAAGAAAACCUUGCUUAAAAUUUCGCUUCAUCCUGGGUUAAACUUAACCAUCUUUUCAGGAACCGGGCCCAGAAGACGAAUCCGUGUUUUGUGCCCCCCGGGGUUUUGUGACACUUAGAACGUUUUUCAGCUCGACUGCCGGUUAUGGCGUUCCGUUGCGGACAAAAUUAUACCGAUAGUAAAAACAUGUUGAAAACAUAAUACUUAAGUCGAAACUUGGAAAAUACAUCGAAUGCAAUAAAAAAUAUGAGUCGAGAUUU